AUGUCUUUGUCUCCAGUCAAUCAGGACUUGCAUUAUGUCAAAUUGCUCGCUCCAUCCACCUUCAGGCAACUAUUGCGACAGAGUCCGACGAGUUCCGAGCCACCAAAGAGUACGAAAGUCGACCCUUCUCAAGUUGUGGACAGUGGACACGAAGAAACCGAUGACGAACCCUCUCAUACUCAGCCUCCCACCCCAGUUGCAUCAAUCGAACACUGGUCUAAUCAUCACGAUGCCAGUCAAGAUAUUGUUCAAGACUCAGAUGGACCCACCGCCGCCGAGAGCAACACUAUGCGAAACGCCGAUCGAGGAGCUGUCGGCAGCUCCUCUUCGCCAUUUUCGGUAGAAGAUGACUCCUUUGACCACCAAUACAUGAGUGACAGCGACCUUAUCGAAGAGACCUUCCGUCGAGCUCAAGGAUACUCCAAAUUGUCAGCCAUCACAAGAAGAACCUGGGAGACUGAGCGAGCAAACACUCUCUUUCAAGAAGGCAAACCAAAGCACUUUGAGUGUUCAGAGCAUCUUUUGAGUGGCAACCCAUGUUCCACUCUUCAGGAGUACCUUCCGUCAAGAACAGCAGCGCGUCCUGUUGUUUCCUCUUUCUUUGGUCACAACAAGCGUGAAUGGAACCAAAUCAUCAAAAGCGUCCGAGUCUUUCUAUGCAGGAAAUGCUACCAGCGCUACGAGCACAAGCUCCACCCGCACUUGGCCUCCAUACAGCUACCUCUUUGCAGAGAGUUGAUCGACAGACUCGAGAGAUGGCGUCCUGGUUGUCUUUUCAGGGUCAAGCUCACUAAGGCUAUGGAAGAGAAGGUGGCGAGAUUUGAGAAGAAGAUGAAGAUCGAAGGAUCCGCCAGACCCGAUGUUGCAGCAGAGAUUGAUGCUGAGGAUUUGGAAGACCAGACUUCAGAUGUCAAGAGAGCCACCAAGACGCCCGUACUAUUUGCCAUCGAACUCGAGAAUCGCUUUGGUGGUAACAACAAGACGACAGAAGAGCUUCGCGCUCUUUUCGAUUGGCUGGAAGCCAAGUUGGCAGAUGAAACCAUCGAGGAUCUUCCAGCCUUCGAGGCACUGCUCCAGACUCGCACACAGGACAUUCAACAGUUACAGGUCCAACAGAAACGCAGACCUGCACUUAAGAAAGCAUUGCUUAUGAAAGUGCCAGCUGGACUUGCUGCUGCUUCACAUCAACCCACCAAGCCAGAGUGUACACCCACGCCCGCCUCACCAGAAAUCCUGAGCACUUUCGACGGAUCGAGAAUCAUCGCGCCUUCCGCCCUGGCUGACUCUGCUUCUCGUCCGAGGAUCGUCCUCAAGUUGGUCCGAAGCAAGAAGCGAAGUGGAGACAAUACAUUGGAAGAAGACUCCGCUGCUUCUGCCAAGAAGGCAAAACUCACAGAGUCGGACGAUGAGGUCAAGGAUGCUAAGCCGCACUUGCCUGAUGGAGAAGUUGCAGAGGAGCGUACAAUCGACGAUUCAGCCUUGGCAUCUAAGGCGCAACAACAUGUGGAAGUCACGGACGGCAGCAUGCACUUGACAUCCUUGACUUUCAGCAACAUUAAGUGUGUCGACGCUGCGCCAUCCUCUUGA